CGAAGCGGAUGGGAGACUCCAGAAGCUCCUUCCUUUCGGGUGAUUCGAGGCGUCGCCAAGGAAACGGCGAUUCGAGAACCCUCCCGCCCCCCCCACUCUGCCCAAGAUCGCUCGUUGCUACGACAUCGCCCGGGUUCUAGAACCGAACCGCGUUGCCUGGGCGUGGAUGUUCCAGAAAGCUUGCAAAGGAAGGGCGGUCGACUUCGCUGCCGGGCAAAAACCGGAGAGACCGACGGACAAGAAAUCUGCAACUUUUUUUGUGUAUAAAUUCGAAUUCAUUCCAAGGAUCUUCAGUCUGCUGAGAAAAGCCGAGCCGGUUUCGAUCCGGUCCAUCAAGAUCUGCAUCCUCCCUUCCCCGAGGAUGCUCGAAAAGACCCAGCGGGGCUGAUUUUCCACGAACUUCCACGGGACCUGCAGGGUAGUUUUAAAGGAUCGCGAGUUAUUUAUUGUCCCUGCAGUGGAAGCCUGGAACCUUCCUGCAGAAGGGAAGGAGGAGGAAAAAAAAGACUUCAUGCAAGAAUUCCCAUGGCGAGUGGCAGACACGGGUGUUUGCACCCGCAAUGCGGGUCAGGAGUCAGUCUGACUCGAAAUUGCUCUUGAGGAAAUAAUUGCCCUUAAAACGUCUGAAGCCGUCUUUGCAAAGCGUGUCAUGGGGAGAUGAAACCGGUUGCAUGACUGAAGGAGCCUUAUUUUUUUUUCUUUGUAGUUAAAUCAAUUGGGGUUAAUCAAGGAAGCUGAUGGAAGGACCCACCCAUCUUCAGGUAGAGAUGAACCUGUCAUUGCACGACAGCCUGUGAUUUGGGGCAUCUGGCCAAAUUUCGGCAGCCAUCUCAGUUUGCAAUUGACCCUAUUCUCUUGCACCUGCUAUUUCGGCUUUCCCAUUAAAAAAAGUUUGCAGCUGCCACAGCUGGAAGUCAACUUGACGGCUUGCAGGUGGAGUGAUUGAACCCCUGCACCACCUGCUUGUCACCUGACCUGUCUUUGGAUUGAAGGAGCUCCAGCCAUGCUUUCUGAAGCUCUGCCCUGCUUCCAGCUGCUCCGGAUGGGCCCGGCCUCUUCUGGGGAUUUGCCAAACCGGGAUCUCUACACUUUCAGACCUGCCAAGCCCAGCUGCGUUUAUCGUCUGGGUCGCCGAGAUGAAGUUUGCGAUGUCAUUCUGGUGUCUGACCAGAACCCGGCUUUGAUCUCCCGGGUCCAUGCGGAGAUACACGCAGAACGGGAUGCUGACAGCAUGGCGGGGGAGUGGCGAGUUGGCCUGGUGGACUGCAGCAGUUAUGGCACAUACAUCAAUGCUCUCCGCAUGUCCCACGGCCAGCGGGUAGAUCUGAACGAUGGAGACCUUCUGACUUUCGGCCAUCCCAGCCCGGUGCCUGAGGGUUGCGUGUUGCCACCGCCACAUGGCAACUCCGAGUUUUAUUUCCUCUUCCAGAAAGUCCGUGUCCGGCCGCAAGACUUUGCAGCUAUCACCGAACCCAAAGCCCCAUGGGCUUCUUCCUCUGGUUUCCGGCCGGUGUUGCCUUCCGACAACCAUCGCAUCCGUCCCCUAUCCCGUCAUUCGCCCACCUCCCUCUCGUGCCGCCCCAAAGCCACCCUCAUCCUCAGCUCCAUCGGCAGCCUUAGCAAGCUGAAGCCCCAGCCCUUUACUUUCUCUUUGAGUGGAAGCCGAUUAGCGGAUCCUCCCGCCCAGCCGAAACCAUCCCGCAACCGCCGUAAGUCAGCUCACACGGUGCUUCCUGAACUAGAGGAUGAAAUCGCACGCCUGGAAGAGGAACAGCCACCCCCAGAUAAGGAGCAGCGCUUGGGGACUUACCGGUGUUGCCAGAGUAGCAAUUUGAGGCUCCAGCAAAGAAUGCAAGAAGGGAGCAACAACAUCAAGGAAGAUGCAGAACCAAAGCUUCACAUCACGCCAAGUGGGAAGCGACGUGGCCGGCCUCGGAAGAAUCCUCUGGGAAGCGCUGGCCAAGUUUUCUCCCAGACUCUGUCUUCCCCGCAGCCAUGUGCAGCUCCCCGGUGCCGCCUUCCCCAAGACGAGAUAGUGGAGUGGGUCCAGUGCGAUGGCUGCGACGCCUGGUACCACGUAGCCUGUGCGGGCUGCAGUUAUAGUGUGGUGAAAGAGGCAGAUUUUCGGUGCGUUGCCUGCCGUUCCUAAUGCCUGAGAAUUCUCCUUAGAAAACGGGUCCCAUCAGUGACCAAAAAGAACUAAAAAAAAAAAAAAUAAGAUCCCUGAUGGACGCAUGUGGACUACUGAAAAUUUGCACAGGGUAAGCCUUCCUUCAAUGAGAAGGAAGCAGAUAUCGAGUAGGGUAAAGUGUGGGUACGUGCAAAGGAAACCCCUCAGACGGAAUAGGGUGAGCGACCUUUGACAUGUUAAAAGGAGACAGACUCCUAAAUGUAUCAGUCCCGUUUCUUUGGAAAUCAUUGCCUUGCUGAGAACAUGCCAAACAAGCAUUUGUGGGAAUGGAUCAUGCUGUGAAUUGCUACCUGGUGACCAUCUGGAGAAGGUCAGUAAGAGCCUGGAGAUCAAUGCAAUAGAUCUUUGGUACAGAGCAGGGGUGGGAUUCGACUGGUUCGGGCGAAGCGUGCGAUCCCCCAACCAGUUGUUAAACGAUAGGAUCCGACCACCGAUACAGAGUCCCCACUCCUGGAGUCUUCAUUUUUUGCAAGUCCUGCAGAAGAUGUGGAAGGAAGAACAAUCUGUAUGCCAUUUGACUUGGACCACAAAUUCAUAAAACAGCCGAAUAUUGCCAAGGUCAGAUUGGCACCAGCCAAUUCUGAUUGUACCAAAUGGUCUGUGCCUCACAACAGGGAGAAGGCUGUUGUGUGAACAACCAGCUGCUUCCUGGGGGCAGGUAGCAACGGUGGUCAAAACCCAGAAGAAGCAAAGUUGGGGAGGCAGCUGCCAGAAUUGCGUCUCCGGAUUUGAGAUUUGAGGCUCUUCAAACCUUUCCCUAAGUUCGUGUACAAUAUGGGACAAUUUUCCAAGAACAGGAUAUGCUUUGAAAGAGGGACAACUUCUGCUUUCUCUCGCUCUCCGUCUCUCUCAAGCCUUUGAGGUGAGCGAGAUGGCGGAUGAAGAAGCAAGCAAGGAGUUCAAAGAUGAAGAAUUACAUGGGGGGAAAAAACCACACACACGUGUUCUAAAUUGCAGAAAGGUGAACGGGGCUUUUAUUCGAAUUGAUGAGGCCGGGGCUGGUAUUGUUGCCCAUCUGCUUUGUCCGUAUUUAAAGCGCAUAUGUUUGCUUGAAUGUUACACCAAAAGCAACCAGGAAGGAAAGAUUUUUCAUCCUCUUCACUUUUCACUCUCUUUUCGCCUCCUAACACAGGACUGAGACUACUGGGGGGGGGGGGAUUAAAAAGGGGGAGGAUUUUUUACUCUUUUUAGCAAUCGCUUUUUGACUUUAAAAAAAAAAAGCUUCUUGCACUUUAUACGCAAAUAAGGAAGACACACGAUUGAGUGCUCCUUCUGAUUUAACUAAGCUCCUCUUUAAAAGAGGCAGUCUGGCAUAGUGUUUCUCAAC